CGAAGCUGGUACGCGGAACGGUGCCACGCGGUCUGCUGGAGGCGAUUGCUCGGCUGGAAGACACUGACGCAUACUUUGUUGGCAUGGAUACAGACGCCGCGCUGGCGGUGUGGUCUCUCUAUACCACAAGCGACAGUUGCGACCAUGCGGGCUUACGACAGCGAGACCCUCAUUGCGAUAUGUGGCCAUGUGGCUUGCGAGUGCUUGGUCCCAUAUUGAUUGUUCACGCAGGCACGUCGAAAGAAGAGUUAGAGCAAUCCGUGGCGAGGCGACGUCAACGCGGCGACUUCGUCUGCACACAAGACACUCGCAUGUAUGUGCUGAUCUACGACCGCGACACGCAUCAAGCCCACGUGCGAUUCUCGCCAGCACCUUCCAUGCACACACGCGACCGUGCGCCAUCGACAUGGAACACCAUUCCACUGGAAGCCGUUGCAGACGAUGACGAAGACGAUCCCGUUGAAUUCCUGUCUUCCAUUAAGUGCACCAUGCUUCGAUGCGCCUUUUCGAUCGAGCUCUCGAGGGUGACACCGACAUCACUGGCACCUCCGUACUCGCCUUCCCGCGCGCUGGACGAAUUCCGACGAGCGUUAAUGGACCCAUCGCAGACAUUCUUUGAAUUGCACGCGUCGUUGGGACCAGUCAUGGUCAACCAAGCUGGCGACGUCAUCCGUGGCAAGUUGCCGUCCACGGACUCGCAUCCUGAGCGGCGUUUGCUGUGCGACGUAUUCCCCAAGCAGUUGAAAUCGGCUUGUCGCGGCCUUCCCUACAGCACGUCGCACCAUCCAGUGACGUUGUAUCAGGCAUUGUCCUCAGGCAACUCCGCCGCUCCCACAUGGACAGUGCAUGCCCAUGGAGCGCACGACGCUGCAGUGAUGAUUUCGUUCGAUGCAGUUGCGUGCGUGUCAUGGGAACUACCUCUUGCGGACGCCAUCGCGGCACUCGUAAAGCGCCUCGCCUUGCAGGCGAAGAAAGCGCAGGAUUUUCAAGUUGACCGGCAUGGCGAUGCAAACCAAGCAGUCUCAACGUUGGAGUGCGUGCAGUUUCCGCUCCGCGGCGGGGCGGUCCAUCCCAUUGGGGUGUGGACAUGUGAUCGUCGCGAUCUCUUGCCGUCGCAGCGCCACAACCUGCAUGUGCAUUUUGUGCAGCCGAUGGAUCGGCCAGUGCUGCGACGUCGCUGCCAAUGGCUACAACCCAGCGCCGCCGACGACCAAACAAACGCUGACCGCCCGUUGGUGAAUAUCCAUUUGGGGGCGUCGUUCCCGGCCCAGAGCGCGGUCCCCACCACCCAUCUCGUUCAGGGCAAGGUGGCGUAUUACCACUACCUCCAACAAGGGGUGCAAGAUAAGGGAUGGGGAUGUGCCUACCGCUCGUUGCAAACUCUCGCGUCGUGGCUGUGGCUGAACCAGUACACCGACGUGCCAGUGCCAACUCAUCGCGAGAUCCAAGACAUUUUGUUCAAACUUGGCGACAAACCGCCACGCUUUGUGGGUUCGCGGGGUUGGAUCGGGACUGUCGAAGUCGGAUUCGUCCUGGAAGAGCGAUUUCGUGUGAGCUGCCGAACGAUCUACUGCGCAAGCGGCCGGGACCUGCCGCGCCAUGCACCGACGUUGGCCGAGCACUUUUUAAUCCACGGGUCGCCUGUCAUGAUGGGUGGGGCAUCGCUGGCGUUCACGAUCGUGGGUGUGGCGACGGCACCGACCGCCGACGAGAGAGACCUGCCAGACAUGUGGUUGCUGGUGUUGGAUCCGCAUUACAGCGGCGGCGACGCGGACGUGCAGGCUUUGCUAACCAAGGUUGUGGCCAUGGAAGGGUACAAGGCAUUGCCCGUGGGUUGGCGGCAUGCAUCGUCCUUCCCUCCGACGAGCUUUUACAACCUUUGCCUGCCGCAGCGGCCGGUGCAUCCUGUGUAG